AUGGCUCCACGGCCAGAGGACGGAAACGUCGCUUCUACAACCACUCCAUCCAAAGAUGCUGCCGUGUUACCAGCGUAUUCCACCGUCCCUCUUGUGACCAAGGACUCAGAAUCAAACGACCCCUGGGACCUUCCCGAGCUCCAGGACACAGGGGUAAAAUGGGCAGAACUGGACACCAAGGGGAAGGUUCUUCGAGUUGUAAUCUCAGUGGCAAAGUUUGUUCUCCUGCUCGGCUUCCUUUAUAUGUUCGUUUGCUCGCUGGACAUCCUGAGCUCUGCGUUUCAGCUUGUUGGAGGAAAGGCAGCUGGAGAUAUCUUCCAGGACAACGUCGUGUUGUCUAACCCUGUGGCGGGGCUGGUAAUUGGGGUACUGGUGACGGUCCUCGUGCAGAGCUCGAGCACCUCUUCAUCCAUUGUGGUCAGCAUGGUAUCUUCUGGAUUGCUGGAGGUGCAGUCUGCAGUGCCAAUCAUCAUGGGCGCCAACAUCGGCACCUCCGUGACCAACACUAUUGUGGCCGUGAUGCAGGCCGGGGACCGCAACGAGUUCCGCAGAGCCUUCGCUGGCGCUACCGUGCAUGACUUUUUCAACUGGCUGUCGGUUCUGGUGUUGCUACCGCUGGAGGUGGCCACGGGUGUGCUGUACAAGCUCACCAAACUGCUCAUCGACUCUUUCCACAUCCAGACGGGUCAGGAUGCCCCGGACCUGCUGAAAGUCAUCACUAAGCCACUCACCAAGAACAUCAUCGAGCUGGACAGUUCUGUGAUCAGUGACAUUGCCAUCGGUGACCCCAGCGCUCGGAACAAGAGUCUAAUCAAAGUGUGGUGCAAAACAAAGGAAUUAUCGACUCCGGAGAACAUCACUAUUCCUGGAGUAAUCAACUGCACCACUGGGGCCCUCUGCUGGGCGGAGGGAAACCAGACGUGGAUGCAGAAGAACAUCACAACCACCAUCAACCUAAAGAGAUGUGGUCACAUCUUUGCGUGGACGGAUCUGCCCGACCUGGCCGUGGGGCUGAUCCUGCUGGCUCUCUCCCUGCUGGUUCUCUGUACCUGUCUCAUCCUCAUCGUCAAGCUGCUCAACUCCAUGCUGAAGGGGCAGGUGGCCAUCGCCAUCAAGAAGGUGCUCAACACAGAUUUUCCUUUCCCGUUCGGCUGGGUCACAGGCUACUUGGCCAUCUUGGUGGGGGCGGGAAUGACCUUCAUCGUGCAGAGCAGCUCGGUCUUCACCUCAGCCAUCACGCCUCUCGUUGGUAUCGGCGUGAUCAGUAUCGAGCGGGCUUACCCUCUCACUCUCGGCUCCAACAUCGGCACGACAACGACGGCCAUCCUCGCAGCCAUGGCAAGCCCUGGAGAGAAACUGGCCAACUCACUGCAGGUGGCGCUGUGCCAUUUCUUCUUCAACAUUUUCGGCAUCCUCCUGUGGUUUCCCAUCCCCAUCACGCGCGUGCCCAUCCGUCUAGCCAAGGCUCUGGGCAACUGCACGGCCAAGUACCGCUGGUUCGCCGUCGUCUAUCUGAUGCUGUGCUUCUUCAUCAUGCCCCUGACGAUCCUGGGCCUGUCCAUCGCAGGCUGGCAGGUGCUGGUGGCCGUGGGCGUGCCCGUGCUGGUGCUAGCCGCCUUCGUGGUGGCGGUGAACGUGAUGCAGCCGCGUUGGCCGCGCUUCCUGCCGCCGGUCCUGCGCACCUGGGACUUCCUGCCACGGCCGCUGCACUCCCUGGCGCCGUGGGACGCCGCGGUGAGCCGGGCGACGGGUUUCUGUACGCGCCGCUGCCGCCGGUGCUGCCGCCGGUGCUGCCGGUGCUGCCGGUGCUGCCGGUCGGGGGUGGCGGAGGAGGAGGGGGGUGCCGCAGACGUUGCCGCGGAGAAGAAGGCGGACCUGGAGAUGUACGACAACCCGGCGCUUUCUGUGGAGGACGAGAAGGGCCACGUUCAGACGGUGUCGCGAACGCAUUUGUAG